GGGUCAUCUGGCUCGACAGCGGGCAUUGGGUCACCAGGUAUGACAGCGGGCACUGGGUCAUCAGGCAUUGGAUCGUCUGGCUCCACAGCGGGCAUCGGGUCACCAGGCAUCAGGCACCGAGUCAUCUGGCAAGACAGUGGGCAUCGGGUCACCAGGCAUGACAGCGGGCACUGGGUCAUCAGGCAUUGGAUCGUCUGGCUCGACAGCAGGCAUCGGGUCACCAGGCAUGACAGUGGGCACUGGGUCAUCAGGCAUUGGAUCGUCUGGCUCGACAGUGGGCAUCGGGUCACCAGGCGUGACAGCAGGCACUGGGUCAUCAGGCAUUGGAUCGUCUGGCUCAACAGCGGGCAU